UGGAGAGGUCAUGACCCCAGGCCUAUUUCCCUGAGUGGCCUGUGGGCAGGUUGUGUGUUGGAGCGCGGUUUUGUUUAUCAUGACGCUGUGUUUUCCUCAGAGACCCGUGAUCGGCUCGCGAGCGACCUGAAGCCGCCUGACGGGUCCGGAGUUCAGAGCAGCCAAGUUUUAUCGGAACUAUGGAGAGCCCCCAGGUUGACGAGAGGACUCCCCUGCUGCCGGACGGCCGCUUCGCGCCGGCCGCUUCUGCCUUCCAGGGCCGGCGGCUGGCCUGCGCCGCCGUCUUGGUCACCGAGUCCCUGGAAAGGGUGGCGUUUUACGGCAUCACCUGCGGCCUAGUGCUUUUCCUCAACAGCGAGCCGUACGAUUGGCUGGGGCCGCAGUCGGGCCAGACUCUGCUGCUUUUCAUGGGCAUUACUUACUUCAUCUCUCCCUUCGGGGGCUGGCUGGCCGACGCGUGUUUGGGCAGGUUCCCCACCAUCCUCCUGAGUAUGAUCCUCUAUCUGGUCGGAAUGAUGCUUUUCCCCUUCAUUGCGUGGGAUCGGACUCGCCGCCGCCUGUGUGGAGAGCUGGAGUUCUAUCCUAUUGUGGACCCCCAGUGUUUCCACAACAGCUCCCGUGCUUGCUCACUUGGCAGAAAUAGUUAUUGCACACCGGCCAUCUAUUCGGGACUGGUGCUUGUCGCCCUUGGUGUAGGAUCUGUGAAAGCGAAUAUCACUCCUUUUGGUGCUGAUCAGGUGAAAGACAGAGGUCCUGAAGCUACACGUCGCUUUUUCAACUGGUUCUAUUGGUCGAUUAAUCUGGGUGCUAUUGUCUCAUUGGGCGGCAUAUCAUAUAUUCAACAAAAUUGUAGUUUUCUUCUUGGAUACGUUAUCCCAACAGUUUGUAUGGGAAUCUCUUUGCUGGUCUUUGCAUGUGGCAAAUCAGUCUUCAUCUCAAAGCCACCUGAUGGCAGUUCCUUCUCAGACCUGUUCAAGAUUCUUUUUUAUUCCUGCUUUUCUAGGAAAGCCAAAAGUGAAGAAACUACCAGUCAAAGCAAUGGAAUUUACCCACCACCUAUUCAGCCAGGCUUUCUGGAUCUUGCCAAGACUGUCCAUGGUGGGCGAUUUCAAGAUAAUAAAGUGGAAGAUGUGAAAUCCUUUGUCAAAAUUAUCCCAGUUUUCCUGGCACUUAUUCCUUACUGGACAGUUUACUUUCAGAUGCAAACUACAUAUGUUCUGCAGAGUCUGCAUCUACGGAUCCCAACAUUUUUUGACAGCCAUAAUAGCAGCAAUACUAGCAAUUCAUUUGUAAGCUGUAAUCAUCACAUGCUUCCAGCAGCAUGGUUCACCAUGUUUGAUGCAGUACUUAUUCUGGCGCUUAUCCCAGUGAAAGACAAAGUUGUAGAUCCUAUCUUAAAGAAGAAAGGCCUGCUUCCUUCGUCUUUGAAGAGAAUUGCUGUUGGCAUGUUUUUUGUCAUGUGCUCUGCAGUGGCUGCUGGAAUUCUGGAAGAUCAACGCUUAAAUAGUCUACAGAAUGGUACUAUUGAGCAACAAAUUGGAAAUGUGUGGUACAAUGCUGCGCCGUUGUCGAUAUGGUGGCAAAUUCCACAGUAUGUAAUGAUUGGGGUCAGUGAAAUAUUCGCAAGCAUAGCAGGUCUGGAGUUUGCUUACUCAGCUGCCCCCAAGUCGAUGCAAAGUGCUAUCAUGGGCCUAUUCUUCUUCUUUACUGGCGUUGGUUCCUUUGUUGGGUCAGGGCUUUUAGCCCUAGUAUCUGUUGAUUGGAUUGGUUGGAUGAACUGCAAGAGUGAUUUUGGUAACAUCAACGAAUGUCAUAUGGACUACUAUUUCUUCCUACUAGCAGCCAUACAGUGUGUAACGCUAAUUAUUUUUAUCGUGGUAUCUGUGACAUUUGAUCAUCACAAAACCAAAUCUGGUAAACUAUUCAUCAAUGGAAGAAGGUGAAGUGAAGAACUGAAGCAUAAUCAGACAAGGAAAUAAAAAUGAGCCAGUACUUGAGACAUGGAAUUAUUAUGAAAAUACUUGUAACUCCUUUCUUCAACAAGUAAUGGAUUGGCUCAUAGUAUUCCUUGGCUCAUCACCUGCAAACUGAAUCUUUUAGGUUGCCUGAAAGAUGGUUGAGGUUCAACAUGUGGGACACUACAAGUAAUUUCAGAGUUUACUGGCAGAUAAUGAGGUUUUUCAAGUAUUAUUUUCUUCACUUUGUCAAAGCAAUAUUUCUUUUAUAUCUACUUCUGUUCUUCAUUGCCUCUAAAAGAAAUAUUCAUGACUUUCUGAUGUAUUGUAAACUUUGAAUAUUAAGUGAAAGGUCCAUUUGUUUGUUUUGAGAUUUGUUGAACCUAAAGUCAUUUUUAGUGUAAGUGAACAUUAAGAGUAUUUUAAUGAACUAGGUAAUUUUUUUAACGUUAUUUUUGUUAGCUCAGUGUUAAUCAAGUUCUGUGUUUUAUUAAUUUUAUCUUUUUAUGAAUAUAAAGGUCAAUGCCCUUUUAAGCACAUCCGUAAAACAGCUGAAAAUAUAAUUGCAUCAUUAGCAAUUCUGUAAAUCAUGUUUACAACCAAAAGACUGAGGGGAAUCUAUCUUUCCAAUAGCCAGUUGACUAAUAAAUAGAUAUGUUACAAAAAUUAAAGCUAUAUAGUAAAUGACAUCUGAUCUUGCAAAAUGCAUAAAGUAGAGAUUUGCACAUUGUGGCCAGUUUACAAAUUAACUGCUGUUUUUAUGACUAAUUUGAAUUCUCUAAACUUUUUCCCUUUUCUAACGAUAGCAAUUGAGCCAUCUGGCUGUUCGGCAACAGUAUUUUUUUCGUUUUUUUAACUGACCGGGAAAGGCAUUUAUGAUUGGGAGCUGAAUCUUUCACAGGAUUGUUUUGAAUAUGCUGUAAAAUUAUGUAUUACCAAAUAAAUGUAACUUGUUUUAAAUGUAAAA